AUGAGGAAAUGGGAAAUGGCUCAAGGCAAAAUCCUACAGCACAACUCCUUUAAUGAAGAGGCUUUAACUGAGCACUAUAAAAUCCUAAAUACUCUUGGCCGAGGAGCUUUUGGAGAAGUAAAAUUGGCUAGCCAUCUACUCACCCAGACAAGGGUAGCAGUAAAAGUUCUUCCAAAAGGCACAAAGAACAGUUUCAUCUAUUCAGAAAUUGAAAUAAUGAAAUCUCUAGACCAUCCCAAUAUCAUUAAACUUUUGCACAUAAUCGACACCACAAAUAACAUUUACAUGGUUAUGGAACAUGCCACAGGGGGAGAGCUGAUGGACAGGAUUAUGGAGUUUGGCUACCUACAGGAGGAGGAGUCCCGUAAGGUAUUUAAACAGAUGGUAUGUGCCCUCCAGUAUUGUCACAGGAAAGGGAUUGCUCACAGGGAUCUAAAGCCUGAAAAUAUUUUAAUGGAUGGCAAAGGCAAUAUAAAACUCAGUGAUUUUGGGCUGGGCACCAAGCUUACCAUGGGGCAGAAGCUAGCAUAUUUUUGUGGGACCCUUCCUUAUUGUGCCCCAGAACUCUUUGAAGGUAGAGGCUAUGAUGGCCGAGCAAGCGACAUCUGGAGCUUGGGGGUUGUGCUAUACUUUAUGUCGACAGGGUGCCUACCAUUCAAGGGAGUUACUUUUGGAGUACUAAAGGACAAAAUCUUGGCAGGAAAGUACUCUGUUGAAUUCAAGUUGUCGCCAGAGCUUUGGGACAUUAUCGCUAAGUUGUUAACUGUAAAUCCUGGACAAAGACCAAGAAUAGGUGACAUUGUGGGCUUUCAAUGGCUAAAGCAUGGCAGUGAAGGUUCUCCCAGUCCCUUUAGAGAGAACGAUGAGGACAGCAGCUACCAAGACCCCACUGUGAUGGUCAUCAUGGACGUCAUGGGUUAUAAGCAAGAAGAGGUAAUGGAAGCUUUACAGGAGAAGAAGUUUGAUCAGGUGAUGGCCACCUACUUGAUUCUUAGGCAGCAGUCACCCUGGGAAGACAGCUUUAUAAAAGAUCUUCAGCCCAAGCAGUCUUCUGGAACCUUGAAUCUUACAGGCCCUCCCAUGAUACCAAAAGUGACUAUAAAGAGGGGAUCUAGUGUCCCCAUCCUUCCCACUUCUUCCAUUUUGCCCACUCUACCUGAGAGUCCUGAGAACGACAAAAAGGGGAGAACAAGGUACAGUAUGCCUCCCACCCUGAGCUGCCCUAUCAAGAAAACAGCCCUGGUUCACAGAAUCUGCCCCCAGCGUGUAUAUGAUCCUCACUUCAUGAACAGAACUUGCGGGGAUUCAGAGAGCACUAUUAACACUUCCAAUGAUAUAUGUCACAGAGUGUCUUCAGGACUGGAAAGUUAUUCUAACCAGUCAUUCCUGGAUGUGUCCGAAGCUGGCCUUAACACGUCAAAGAACAAGGUGUCCUCACAGGAUAUUUUAUCUCAUGACACCUCUAAGGAAGAAGUUCAGUGCAAAGACAUCAACCUGCCAGGUGAAAACAUCUGCUCAUCUCUCCCCCAAACCUCACUUCAGGAGGACCUCAGUGGGAAGCCCCACACCCACAGUGUGGCUACAGCUAGUCAGAGAGGUGAAAAGACCAGUUCAUGUCUCUCACAACCUGCACCUCAGGAGGAUCUCAGGCCACAGCUCCACAGUGUGGCUACAGCUCCUUCAAAGAGCAACAUGACCUCACAGGAUAGAACACAUCCAUUCUCCAUCAAGGAGGCCCAGGAUGAGGGUCCCAUUGUACAAGAAAAAGACCUCAGCCCAUCCUCCCCAGAAACACCUCAGGGACACCUCAGUGGCCAGAGACAGACUGCACCCAGAGCUCCCUUUAGAAAGCGAUUUUGGAAGAGCCUACAGAGCAGGGUUAUAAAAGGCCUGAGAAGUUUAUGUUGCUGCUUAUCAACAGAAAAGAGGGAGCGCCUAGGCCACAACAAAAUCCUGGCUGUGAGCUUAAAGGGCCAUGGAGGCAGCCGAGGUAACAGGUAG